AUGGCAUGGCCAAGAUGGGAUUUUUUUCUGUUUCUGAUGCUCGGUAGGAUGCUUUUAGCGCAAGUCUCUGCUGAAAGUGAUACCUUAACACAAUCCCAACAACUGUCACUAAAUCAGACACUUGUCUCUGCUGGAAAAAUAUUUGAGCUGGGCUUCUUCAGUCCACGUAGCUCGAGGAGUCUAUAUCUUGGUAUGUGGUUCAAGAAUAUUCCAGGUCAGAGGAUUGUAUGGGUAGCAAAUAGAGAAGAUCCACUCCAAGCUUCUGAUUCUGAUGCAAGCUUGAAGAUUGGAGGAAUGAAUAUUGGAUACAACACCAGGUCUGGGCUAAAACUUGUUUUAUCGUCCUGGCAGGCUGAAAAUGAUCCAUCGCCUGGAAAGUUUACUAUUGGACUUUCGGUAGAAAUGCCACCUCAAAUCUUCACUUGGACUAAUUACUCGAGGCCUUACUGGAGAGGUGGCCCAUGGGAUGGAGGGAACUUCUUAGGUGUACCUGAUGACGAAAAGGGGUAUGCAAGUGAUAUAAAAGUAAUAGUAAACAAGCAACAGGAAUCUGCCUUCUUCAGUUUCAAUAAUUUCAACGUUUCUAAUAUUAUAAUCAUGGUCCUAAAACCAUCAGGGCUAUUGAAUAUGAUGGAAUGGCUAGAAGACCUGAAUGAAUGGCACGUCUUUUGGGAGGCACCAGUGAAUCCAUGUGAUGUUUAUGGAACUUGUGGUCCUUACAGUGUUUGUGACAUGGGUAAGUCUCCAGUCUGUGAUUGCUUGAGAGGAUUUGUACCAAGGUCGACUGAUGAAUGGAUCAGAGGAAAUUGGACUGGUGGCUGUGUGAGGCGAACUAAACUUCUAUGUGAAAUCAGUGCAAGUGGCAAUGCUACAAAGGGGUCCGAAAGUGACAACUUCUUGCAGCUGAGAGAGAUGAAACUGCCAGAUCACUACACAUAUUUUUAUGACUUUGAGGCUCAGAUCUGCAAGGAGUGGUGCCUGAAUAACUGUUCCUGUGCAGCCUAUGCAUAUCCAGACGGAAUUAAGUGCAUGGUUUGGACUUCAGAACUUAUGGAUGUUCAGCAGUUUCCAUAUGAUGGUGUGGAUUUGUUUCUUCGUGUUGCUUAUUCUGAACUAGCUUUAGAUGAAGAUACAACGAAUGCUAAACUUAUCAUCAUCUUCACAACCGUUUCAAGCAUUCUCAUAUUGGCCAUUUUCGGAUGCAUUUUCUACAGGUGGAAAGCAAAUCAAAGAGGAAAUAGAAGAAAUAGGGUUAAUGACCUCACUCCAGCUGUUAGGUCUCAGAAUUCAGAGUAUACAUCUACAGACAAUUUGUUGGAAGAGCAACCAUUGCCAACUCUUCUUGACUUUGCUAAAUUGGCAAUUGCAACUGACAACAUCAGUGAAAUAAAUAAGAUUGGAGCGGGAGGAAUCGGUCCUGUUUAUAAGGGAAAACUAGAAGAUGGACAAUUGGUAGCUGUCAAAAGAUUAUCUAGUCACUCUGGACAAGGAAUUGAAGAGUUCAAGAAUGAAAUUUUGCUAAUCUCCAAACUGCAGCACAGGAAUCUCGUCCGAGUAUUGGCCUAUUGCAUUCACGGGCAAGAAAAGUUACUAGUUUAUGAGUACAUGGCUAAUGGAAGCUUAGAUACUUUGUUGUUCGAUUCAAAAAAGAGUUAUCAGCUUCCCUGGACGAAACGUUUCAACAUGAUUCAAGGCAUUGCUCGAGGGAUUCUUUACCUUCACCGUGAUUCAUGUUUAAGGGUCAUUCACCGAGAUCUGAAGGCAAGCAAUGUUCUCUUGGAUGAUGAAAUGAAUCCAAAAAUUUCAGAUUUUGGAUUGGCUAGAACUUUUCAAGUAACUCAAGAGUUAGCAAACACUAACCGGAUAGCAGGAACAUUCGGUUAUAUGUCACCAGAGUAUGCAAUGGGAGGACUAUUUUCUGAGAAAUCUGAUGUCUACAGCUUUGGUGUAUUGCUACUAGAGAUUGUCAGUGGAAAGAAAAACAGCAGAUUUUAUGACGAUGAAAAUCAUCUCAACCUUCUCAGUUAUGCAUGGAAGCUACAGACCGAAAGCAAAGAGUUAGACUUAAUGGAUAAAUCAAUUUUGGACUCAGAUUCAUCUGCAACAGUGCUGAGAUGCAUACAUAUUGGCCUGCUUUGUGUCCAGGAUCAUGCUGUUGAUAGGCCAUCAAUGCCGUCUGUUGUUCUUAUGCUAAGUAGUGAGACGGAUCUGCCUCUACCGAAGCAACCUACAUUUAUAUUUCAAAGAUGGUUGAAUUCUGAUACUCAAUCGCAAAUCAGCAAAGCUCAGUCUGUUAAUGAUAUUACUGUCUCUGUGGCCAAAGGCCGAUAAUCAAUUUAAUGUUGCUGAUCAUGUGAAAACUGAUGCAAUAACUUUACUUACCGAAUCUGUAUAAUAAUGUGUACAGAUAAUAAAGCUGAUUCUUAGUGUCUGAAUAUGUAGUUACCAUAGUUAGCUCAUUCUCUUUAUGGAAUAUAUGAAAAGACAUUUUUUAUGGUGCUUGAUGAACUUCUUGUUUGGAUUUGUUGUAACUCAUUCUUUGUCUUGUUUGGUUUGCUAAUG